GCGCGCGUGCGACGCCAACGCGUGUCUCCGGGGCAUCUCAUUCACGCUGCACAUGGUGGCGCGAUUGCUGCAGCUGCGGACGAAGCCGCACCCGCUGCUGUCGAUGCUGAUGAAGUGCUCCUCGGCGCUGGAGGCCUUCCAGCCCGCAGAGUGCCGCGUGGCCUGGUACGCCGAGUCGCGGGUGAUGGCGAUGACGGGGGCCCGCGGAUACACUACAUCACCCUGAUGGGCGUGCAGCUCCGCCAGACGGAG